AGUGACUGCAUACCCACAGAGCGCGCGAACGACGAGAGACCCACCACCUGUAAACGUGCUGGCGACGUGUGGGAUCCUGACGCCGACGAGGAGAGUGACACCUUCUUCAGGAGCCAGAAAUAGGUCUCGUCGCCAUGGAUCACAAGAACUUCGACAGCCUUCUCUCGGCGAUCGGGCCGGGGAGGUGGACCAUCUUCAUGUUCGUUUCCUAUGUUUCGUGGGCGCUGUUACUACCUUACUUUUCGUUGGGCGGCGCCUUUUACAACCCUGUCGUUGACCACUGGUGUAGUGUUCCUGAGCUGAGCAACAAUUCAUGGACGCUAGAACAACGUCUCAAUUAUUCUGUUCCCUGGGAAUACCGUGGAGGUCGUCUGGAAAGGUCCCAGUGCAGCGUGUAUGUAAGAGACUACGAAGCUGUUGCCGACCUCCUUGGUCAGCUGACCUUGCUUUGACCCCGGAGCAGGCCGUGACCCUGGAAACAAAAUCUUGUAGUCAAUGGGAAUUCGACAAAUCAGUCUUCCAAUCUACAGUUGCG